ACCUCUGUGUACUAAUCAUAUAUAUUUCCCAGCUAGAAAAGGCUUAAUUUGUGUUUAUUUCAGAUCCAUCAAACACAAAACCCUUUUCUAGCUAGUCUUAGCCAGAGAUGGGCAACAGCCUAGGUGGAAAAAAGAGAGCCAAGAUUAUGAAAAUAAACGGCGAGACGAUCAAGUUAAAAAUUCCAGUUCAAGCCGGGGUAGUCACCAAGGACUACCCCGGCUACGUUUUGCUGGAUUCCGAGGCUGUCAAGCAUUUUGGAAUCCGAGCAAAACCAUUAGGCCUUUAUCAGGAACUUAAGCCUAAGAGGUUGUACUUUUUAGUCGAAUUGCCUAAAAUUGCUGAAGAAAGAGCCACAAGGAAAGUGAGGUCUAAUAUCAACAUGAGUGCCAAAGACAGGCUAGAGAGCUUGAAGCUGGCGAGAAGAUCGGUCUCGGAUCUUACGUUGAUGCAGCAGAAGAGCAGCAUUGGUGAGGAGAGAGCGGGGGGAGAAAUGCCGAAUGAUCAGCCUGUGAGGCUGAAAAUGAGGUUGCCUAAGGCCGAGGUGCAGAGGUUGAUGAAUGAGAGUAAGACGGAGGCUGAGGCCGCGGAGAAAAUUAUGCAGCUUUGUUUAGGUUCGAGUAAAGGCGAGGUGGCUCCAGCGCAGAGUUCCUUGGUGGAACCGCGAGUGCAUUGGAGUGAAGGUGGUGAGGGAGGAGCCAGCCAGGCCGGCAAACCCCGCAAGAAGCGAGUAGGAUUCUUGCCGGUCGAAGAGAUCCAUUGAUUAGCAUCAAACAGAACCGGAUGGACAAUGACACUGCAGAGCAUACAUUCAUAUAUUAGUAUACUUUUUGUAUGUACAUAUAUGUACUUUCUCCAUUGUUGACAGAGUAAUCAACAGUUACUAGCUAGUCAGCUUUUGAUUAGCUUGGAUACAAGCUGAGAAUGUGAUUAGUGUUAUAAUUAGAUUAUUAGGAGCCUAAAUAAAGUUUUUUCUUUUAAAAAAGUA